AUGGCCAACGAACAAGGACUUCCAGACUAUGUUCUUGACGAGAAUGCAGUUCUAAAGGAUGACGCGGCUUCAUGGCGAUAUGGAAAGGCCCCUGACUACUCCAAGACCCGGGCUUUCUAUCAAGAAACCAAAACUAUGUCCCACGAGGCUGGAAGUUUGCCGGACCUAGUUGAGAAACUCGUGAAGAACUGGGAGAUCGAAGCCUCCUUCAAGACCUCCCUUGAUGACUGGCGUACCAUCGAUCGCAAAACCUACGCCUUCUCUCUGAACGGCGGUGAACCCCAAUCCGGAGAACAUAUGCUCAAGGUCGGCACCUACAAUGCCCUCUUGACGUCUAGCUCGAUCUAUGACCCCAACCACAACGACUUCGAGACCAGCCACAAAGCAUUCAAGCGCAUGAUGCCGACCUUUGCGUGGGAGGUCAAGGAAGUGUACAGUGGUCCACCAGUGGUGAUCUUCAAGUGGAGGCACUGGGGAUAUAUGGUCAAUGACUAUAUCGGAAACAAUGACCGCGGUGAGAGUGUAAAGAUCAAAGCACAUGGAGGACUGAUCGAUAUCGUUGGCAUUGUCAUUGCCAAGGUUAAUGAGGGGCUUCAGCUGGAGAAGAUCGACGUUUGGUAUGACCCCAUGGAUAUGAUGCGACAGAUUGCGCGGGAACACAAGGGCGAGCCUCUCGAUGCCUCCGCUGCUCAUUCUGGAUGCCCAGUCCUAGCGGGUGCCAAGCCAGCGUCCGAAUAG